CUUGAAAUUGAAGCAGGCCUGGGGGCAGUGGCAGUCACAAAUUCCUUUCCUUUCCCUUUUUUCACACCAACAAAUUUCUCAGGCCACAUGGACACUAGGUAGGUUUUUGUUUUUUUUGGGAACUCAAACCAAAGUUCCAGUUGCCCAUUCCAAAUCGAAUGGGAGAACACACGAUGAUGCUCCGCCGGCGGCAGUUCAGAACCCAUUCGAUGGCUAAGCGGCGCUGGCGACUCUUCGGCGGUGUCGAACCACUUGGGGAGGAGGAGCGAAUGUGCUGGAUCUGCCUGAUGACCGACGAGGAGCAGCCGCGUCGUGACUGGCUGCAUCCGUGCCGCUGCCGGGGCAGCAAUAAGUGGGUGCACGAGGCCUGCCUUGGCCGAUGGAUCAAUGAGAAGGAGCAGCAGGCACCGGAUGUGCCCGUGACAUGCACCCAGUGCCGCACCGAGUACAUUGUCGUAAUGCCGCCGCUGUGCCGCUUCGAUGCUUUUCUAAAUCGCCUGGACAAGGAGUACGAGCGCUUGUGUCCCAGCGUCCUUAUGGGCAUCAUGUCGGGCACCGUUUACUUCUCUGGCGUAUCCUACGGAGCACUCACCCUGCUCGAGCUCUCCAGCAAUGAGAUUGUCCUGCAGCUGCUGCAGCAAGAUCCCAUCUUGAUGAUGAUCCUUCUGCCGUCCGUUCCAAUGCUGCUGCUCAUGACUCGCCGCAUACGCUGGGACGAUGUUGUGGUGCACUGGUUGCGACGUCGCCGGCGGAGGAGUGUGCCACCGGAGCAGUUGAACGCGAUGGGAGAGCCGCUGCCGGGCGCCCCCUUGGACGAUGACUACUUUGAGGAGCUGGAGCAGCAUCAGGACGAAGUUGAGGCCACGGAGCACUUGGGCGGAAUUACGCCCGGCUUUUGUGCCGCUCUCAGCCUGCCCAGCAUUGCCGGUCUCCUCGGCCAGACGCUCUUCGGCGGCAUCUACGAGACCAAGAAGCUGCUGGCCAUCGUGCUGGGUGGUCUGACCUUCGUGGUCGUCAAGGGCCUGGCCAGCGUCUAUUUGCGCCAGGCACAGUACCAGCACAGGCGUCAGCGAUGUGUCCUGAACUAUAACCAUUCCCAAUCGGUCACAGCCCCAGCUUCGUCCCGAAGGAAUUAGAUUAGGGAAUCUCUCUAAGCCUUUGAAUUACAAUCCAAAAUUAAAUGUGUCUGGGGAAAGACCACAGAAUCUUAUAUUUAUAUAAUAAAAGAGGUUU